CGCCGCUGCUGCAGCGCGAGGCGUUGGUCCCAGGUAUGUUCGGGGCUCGUUUCCGGUGGGAUAGGAGUUAAGAGGCUCAGUAUGCGAGCACCUGCAUGCUCUUGGCCGGUGGCGGCAUUGAGGUCGAGUGGCCGCGGUACGCUGCCUUCUUACUGCUUCCUCUUCUUGCCACCCCUCGCGCUCGCGCUCGUGGCCUGCGGGGCAGGAGGGACCCGUGUGCUCCCGGGUCUGGAGUCUGGGUGUUCUAGUGCUGGUGGGGUGCUUACCUACCAUGCGCGAGGCUCUAGAUUCCACUCCCAGCUCCGCAAAAAGAAAGAAAGAAAAACAAUAACAACAACAGCAAAAAAAAAAAAAAAAAAAACCAACAAAACUAAUAAAAGAUGUAAAAUGUGAGGGGGAUUUGCUUAAGUGAUUUGAAGUAUCAUUCGAAGCCGGACAGAGACUGGCACAUGGACUGGAAAUUGGAAAGGAGUGUUCAGAGAACAGAGUCACCAGAGUUGCAGGGGCAAGAAGGCAUCCUAGAAGACAUAGGUGAAGAUGGACUCUCUGAAAGCUUCCAGCUUCUGCAGAUUGAUGUGGAAUGUGACUGCCCAGACAGGGAGCCCCUCCCCACAAGCAGUGCAACAUGGUGCUCGAAAAAUGUCCAGAGAAAACAGAGACACUGGGAAAAGAUAGUUGCAGCAAAGAAGAGCAAAAGAAAGCAAGAAAAAGAAAGAAGAAAAGCCAACCGUGUAGAAAAUCCAGGCAUCUGCCCCCAGCACAGCAAAAGAUUUCUGAGAGCCUUAACCAAAGAGAAACUCUUGGAGGCCAAACAUUCAGGACCAAGACUGUGUAUUGAUUUGAGUAUGACUCAUCACAUGUCAAAGAAGGAAUUAAGUAGGCUGGCUGGACAGAUCCGAAGGUUGUAUGGUUCAAACAAAAAAGUUGACAGACCCUUUUGGAUCUGCCUUACUGGAUUCAUGACAGAUAGUCCUCUCUAUGAAGAAUGUUUGAGGAUGAAUGAUGGAUUUUCUAGUUACCUGCUGGAUGUAACAGAAGAAGACUGCUUUAGUUUAUUUCCCCUGGAAACCCUUGUAUACCUGACUCCUGAUUCAGAGCAUGCUCUUCAAGAUGUUGACCUAAACAAAGUUUACAUCCUUGGUGGACUUGUGGAUGAAAGCAUUCAGAAGAAGGUGACGUUUCAAAAGGCCCAGGAGUAUUCUGUCAAGACAGCCCGCUUACCAAUCCAGGAAUACAUGGUCAGGCUCCAGAAUGGGAAAAACUAUCAUUCAGAGAUAUUGGCUAUCAAUCAAGUGUUUGAUAUCCUGUCCACUUUCUUGGAGACUCACAACUGGCCUGAAGCAUUGAAGAAAGGAGUUUCUUCGGGAAAAGGCUAUGUUCUUCGAAAUUCAGUGGAAUAACGGGCAGCCUAAGAUUGCAGCUGCAGGAGAUGAAGUGCCUGAGGUGUUUCAACCAAAGAAAAGGGCAGAGGGUAGUAGUGGCAUACACUUGCCUUUACUUGAUAUCUUGAAUCUUCAUAGUAUAAACUAAUGACAGGGACCAUAUUUUAUGCUUUUGCAUUGUCCACAGUGCCUGGGUCACAGGAAGUGCCCUGAUCAAUGUUUUAAAAAAGAAAUUAUAUAACAAGGAUUAGCUCUAAAACUACAUGACUUUGGAUAUGUUAAUUCAUCUUUUAUACUUCUCUAUUUGUGAAAGACCCUACUUUUAAAGACUGUUUAUGUGGCAAAAUAAUUGUUAUAUCAAUUAUUUUAUAUAUACUAAACUGGCAUUAAAUUGUAUGACUUUCUCCA